GAACAAAAUGGCAUCACCUAAAAACCUAACGAAUCUGUGCUUGGACGUUCUUUAUGAUUAUGGCAAAACGAUUACCAAUCAUCUUUCAAAAAGUGGUGAAUUUUCAAGAGUACAGUCCACACUUCAACGUCUUAUGAAAGUGUUUAAGUUGUGGAAUCUACCCAAUUUUAUCCAGCGAUAUAAAAAUGAUAAUAUCAAAUGGAAUAUCCUUAUACAAGAUGUAAACAACCCAGGCUCUGUCACGUUAACACUUUGUCUUGAGUCAUCUGAAGAAUUUGAAAGAUUUGAAGCAUUUCUUCGACAUCUUAAUUUCAACUGGUUUCAGGAUAUUAAAGUACAAAAACUCGACAAUGGUUUCUUAAGUUUUCUGGUCACCCACCCAGCACCAGUACUGUUACAUAUCUUUCCUCAAGACCCCGCAAAUUUGGAUGAACAUUUCAGCUUUUCAACUUCCAAAUCAUCUAAUGUCGAAACAGUGUCGAAAAUCAUUAGUCUUCUGGUCAAAAAGCUUUGUUUGUGUAUACUGAAUGAGCCUGAAAAACUCUCGAGAGGUGCAGGAGAAAAACAUCAAACUAACGAAACGACAACAAGCAAAAGUCCUGAUGAGUAUCCUGUAUUCCGAACGAGUGGAAAUGACAUACUGGCCACUGAUUCUUAUUACCACAACACACCUUCUGAUGUAUCACUAGAGCAACUUACACAAGCGUAUAUCUCAGCAUCAAACGGUAGUCAGAACUCACUGUCUCAAUUCGAAAAUUGCCUUGCCUCUGAUUCAUCCUCUUAUCAAAGCGCACAGAAGCAAAGCUCGGAACUAGAACGUCUUGAAGUGGAAAACGUAAAAUUGAAGAGGGUAAUUGCAACAUUGUCCCACGAGAUCGAAACGGAAAGAACACUUUCGCAGUUGAAAAUUAAUGAGUUGAGAGAAGAGAAAGAAAAAAUGGCGAUGACUUUGGCAAAGAAGGAAGCUGAGAUGGAAGAAACGUUUUUAGAACUUGGCCGUUUAAAUGUGGAGUUAACGAGAGUACAGAAUGAAAAGAAAAGAGAUGAGCUUUUUCAUAAAACGUACAAGUUUCGUUCAGCGUCAACUCAGACGUCAGAGAUUUCAGAAUCCUUAGAUUCAAGGGUAUCGAGUGAUCAAGCGACAGAGGUGGAACAUAAUCAAGUCGAAAAUCGUCAUGGGCAAGAGUCACUUAACGAAACGGCAAGUCUAACUGAUAUACUACAUACCGCUGUAGAUGGAUGUAUCUAUAACAACUAUAAACUCUUGUUACUGCGAAUAUCUCACGACCUCCUGACGGAAGAUGUCCGCGAACUAAAACAAUGGGUGGAAAGUCAAUUUCAAAUCGACACUUCUGGAAGUGUGAACGCAAUUCUCCUGGAACUAGAUCGUAAGAAAAUCAUUACAAUUACAGAUCUGAGUCGACUGAAAAAAUUCUUUGAAGAUAACUUAAGAUUUGAUUUGGUGCAUCUUAUUGAGAGUUAUCUUCUUGGAGAGUACUCACAGCUAAAGAUUCCCAAGCCUAGUGAAAGAUCAUUUAGUCAAGGAGGGAACGCACAGAAUGCACUGGCCUCUCAGCGGUUUGGUCAUCUACCAUCAGCAAAAUGGCCAUCGCGUUCAACAGCCAGAGGGCAUUUCACUGAUUCAGCAGACCAGUCAUAG